AUGCUACUGCCGCUAAGAAACCAUCACUGGAUGUUGAUUUUGAAGAUAUGCGUUCUACUCUUUGGGGUUUUGCUUCUGAAUAACGUUUGUGAAGCUUCAGGCACUCGGAAAAAACACAGGCUCAAAAACAUUCUUUUUCUUAGUGCUCAAGAAACAAUUGAUCCUGUUUUUCCAUCAGAUGUUGUCAUUGAAGCAGAAAAUGAAACUCGACUUUGUUUCAACACCCAGGCCAACAUUAAUGCGACCCUGUCAAAUGCAGCAUGUUGCAAUGGUGAAGAUUUCUUCUGCACCAACAAAAUAACCCAACUCAACAGCAGCACUUACAGCCUUACUGUGAACGAAUGGAUUCUACUCAAGCACGACAUUGUGGUGUUAUUAAACCCAAUAAUCAAUUCAUCAUGCACACUAUCCCAACUCCGCAACUCAGAAGAUUUUAUACUUGACCUUCACAACUGCUUAAGGCCAGGUGGCAGGAAUAUUAGAAUGAGCUUGGAUUAUCAAUGUUCAACAAAUUAUGACGAUGUACAGACUUAUCAGGGUCCAAUUAAGUACACAUUCAAGUUUGGAUCUAAAAUAACAUCUUGUGUAAAAAAUGCCAAAUUGCUGACCCUAACUUUUCAGCGCUCAAGCAAUGUGAUGACUCUACAGGAAGCAGUGUAA